UCUAUUUCUUGACCAGAAAAAACCUCCUUUCUCUCGUGUUUCUUUUUGCAAGAUUCAUCCAGCUCCCAACACAUACAUUCUAGCUUCAACUUUCCAGCUUUGCAUUUAAUAGCCAUACUUGAAGCUUGGGCAAGCAAUGGCAUCAAAUUCCCUCUCUUCUUCCUCUUCAUGGACAGCCAAAGAAAAUAAAUUGUUUGAAAAGGCCCUUGCUAAAUAUGACAAGGAUACCGCAGACCGUUGGCAAAAUGUUGCUAGGGCGGUAGGGAAAACUGAGGAGGAAGUGAAAAGGCACUAUCAAAUCCUUGUGGAAGACCUCAAGCACAUCGAGUCUGGCAAUGUUCCAUUUCCAAAUUACAGGUCAGGCAGAAACAAACGCUGAGCCAUCAAGCCACAGGAUGCAGACUCAGGGCAGUAAACUCUGGGUUACAAGUUAUCCAGGCUGAAGGUAAAACGAUCAGCAUGCAUCUACUAGAAGGGUCAGUCAGGGAAUGCUUAAGAAUUAAUUAUCUAAUGUGAAAAUGAGUCUUUCGAUACCAAAAGAUAAUAUGUGUAAAAUAAUAAUAAUAAUAAUAAUAAUAGAUGCAGCAGUAGACAAAAUGAAGCCUUCUUGAUUCAGCUUGUAAUGUGUGUAUUAAUGCACAGUUUGCAUUGCUAUUAGAACUCUCAAAUUUGGGUGAGUACAUUUUUUGUUACCUGAUCCGGCACACAAGCGUGCUGGAUCUUCUUCUUCUUUCUCAGCAAAUUGAUAUUGGUCAAGUAGAUUCGAGUUCU